AUGAAGAUGGCGACAAUCCAGGCCAUCGAGGCUCGUUCAGUACACCAAAUCCAAUCUGGUCAAGUCAUCGUUGACUUGUGCUCUGUCGCUAAGGAACUCGUCGAAAACAGUCUGGAUGCCGGCGCAACAACCAUAGAGGUCCGAUUCAAGAACAAUGGACUCGACCUGAUUGAGAUCCAAGAUAAUGGCAGCGGGAUCUCGCCGGAGAAUUAUGAGAAUGUCGCCUUAAAACACUAUACUUCCAAAUUAUCGUCAUACGAUGACCUCUCGAGCCUGCACACCUUCGGUUUCCGAGGCGAGGCGAUAUCCUCACUCUGCGCGUUAUCAGACUUUCAUAUCGUCACGGCACAAGCGAAGCAAGUCCCCCGCGCAAAUCGUCUCGACUUUGAGCAAUCUGGGAAACUCUGCAAGACACAGAUUGUGGCUGGACAGAAGGGAACGACCGCGUCGGUAGAGGGCAUAUUUAAGCGGCUUCCAGUGCGUCGACGGGAAUUGGAGAAGAACAUCAAGCGGGAAUACGGGAAAGUGCUGAACCUGCUUCAUGCUUAUGCCUGUAUUAGUGCCGGAGUCCGCUUCAGCGUGAGAAACACAGUUGGCAAGACGCGAAAUGUCGUGGUCUUUUGUACGAAUGGGAACAAGACCACCAAAGAGAACAUUGCCAACGUGUAUGGCGCGAAGACACUUUCUGCGCUGAUUUCCCUCGAUCUAGAGUUGGAGUUUGAACCUUCCGCAGCUACGAGACGGGUUGGGGAUGACCAACUUAGUAAGAUCCAGGUGCGAGGCCAUAUCUCGCGUCCUGUCUUUGGCGAGGGUCGCCAGACUCCGGAUCGUCAGAUGUUCUUUGUCAACUCUCGGCCAUGUGGCCUACCGCAGAUCCAGAAGGCGUUUAAUGAAGUCUAUAAAUCAUUCAAUGUUUCGCAGUCGGCAUUUAUCUUUGCGGAUUUUCAGAUGGAUACAAACGCUUACGAUGUCAACGUUUCGCCUGAUAAACGCCAGAUUUUGCUUCAUGAUGCGGGAGCUAUGAUUGAAUCGCUCAAAGUCUCCCUUACGCAACUCUUUGACGAUGCUGAUCAGACUGUACCGCAGUCAUCCGUCAAAUCCAAGCCUUUGCCAAAACAACAGCCACUGGCGUCACUUCCGGGAUUCGUCACCGCUCGGGAAUUGAACGAGAGUGAUGGGAUUGGGACUCCCAAUCGAGAUCAGACGAGAGAAAGCACAGUUGAGACUCCGGAGGCGAGUCAGCAGAGCACGAUUCAGCGUUUCGCAAGCUCACAACCGGGUAUGGGGAGCCCGGCGCAAGUUAUGCCAUCCCCGGCUCGAUCCAUGAGGGCACCGCGUGCUACACCAAAUACUGCUUCGCUGACACCGGCCGCAAGCGAGCCAGAAACGCCUACCGUGGAUAUUCCUGAUGAUGAAAUCUCCGUCCAGGAAGCCAUUCAAGAAGAUCCUGAGCCAACACCUGUCUCUCACGUACCGGCAUCCCAGCCAUCCACUAUGGAAGAGACUCCAUGCCGCACCCCUGGGGACCCAGAAGCCACACCUAAUAUUGUCCAAAAUGCUUUUGAUCGCAUGCGCCCGCGACGAGAGCCAUCUGAACUAGCCACCAUUACUAUCGGCAAUCGAACUGUCACAUCAAUGGUCGGUAGUGGUCUCCCACGAAAACGUAUCUCCGAGGAUCCGCCCCUAAUGAAGGAGACGCCCCGUCGGAAGAGACGGAUAUAUACACCGUUGCGGCCCAAUGUAUUCGGAGACCAUAUGAGAGCAUUUGCUGCUCCUGGAUCGCAGCUAGAUAACGAAGGAGAUGAAGAGGAUUCCGUUAGUGAAGUGGAGGAGGUCGAAAGAGAUGAAGGACCCCUCUCCAGUGAAGUAGAGGACAUAGAUGGUGCUGAAGAGGAGCUAGAAGACGAGGCUUCUCCUCCCGGAUAUGCAGAUCUUGUUCCGGCGCAUCAAUCGGCAAUUGAGAACUCUGGAAUGAACCGUAAAGACGCUUCGACGGAGGAUGUCGAUGAAGCUGAGAAGAAAGCGCAGGAAGAAGCCACUGUCGAACGGCUCAUCCAUGAAGCUGAGGAGACUGCAGUGCUUCCCCAAGAGCACAGUGCGAAUCGCGCGAAGAAGAUGAACAAGGGUGCAGCGCAUCGCGACGCAACUGUACAGCUCGCUGGCACGGUUGACGGUUCUGUCUCACAGAUUCAAUCUCAACUCGCGACAUUGCGAAAAACAUUGCAAGUGGGCGGCAAGCAAAGAGAAGGGGAGGCCUCUGAUCUUGACGAGAAAUCUGCCGAGGACAGACUUUCCUUGACUGUAAGCAAAAACGAUUUUGCUCAGAUGCGUAUCAUCGGCCAAUUCAACUUGGGUUUUAUCAUUGCUGUCCGUCCAGGAGAAGACCACGAUGAGCUUUUCAUCAUUGACCAGCAUGCCUCGGACGAAAAAUUCAAUUUUGAGCGCUUGCAAGCGGAAACUGUGGUCCAAAAUCAGCGACUUGUCCGGCCGCAACGCCUGGAUCUCACUGCCGUCGAGGAAGAGGUCGUCCUUGAAAAUCGCGAGGCUCUCGAGAAAAAUGGUUUCCUCGUGACCAUUGACGAAAGUGGCGAUGAACCCAUCGGUCGUCGGUGUCAACUAGUCUCAUUGCCGCUGAGCAAGGAAGUCGUGUUUGGUGUACGCGAUCUAGAGGAACUAAUCGUGUUGCUUUCAGAGUCAGUUUCAACCUCAAAUGAACUGUCAAUACCUCGGCCAAGCAAAGUGCGCAAAAUGUUCGCUAUGCGCGCUUGUCGCUCAAGUAUCAUGAUUGGAAAGACUUUGACACUCCGUCAAAUGCAGCGCGUCGUUCAGAACAUGGGUACUAUUGACAAACCGUGGAAUUGUCCCCACGGUCGGCCUACUAUGCGACACUUGAUGAGUCUGGGCCAAUGGGACGAAUGGAAUGAAUUCGAGGAAAGUGAAGGCCUCACACCUUGGAAACAAUACUUGGAAGGACAAGAAGACGAAGAAUAG